UGUGUUAAAUAAGGGUUGGGACUAAAAUGUGCAGAGCUGCAUCCUUUAAGGAUCUUAAUUGGACACUUGUGAUCAAGAUCAUGAGUUUCAGGUGUUUGUGUGUGAUGAGGGCAAGGGAUUGUGGGAUGUGUAGUCAGGCUGAUUUAAAAAAAAAAAAAAAAAACAAUUUUCAGGAUUUUUUGAUGUAGAUAAAGUAAUUAUAUUGUUUUUAUUUUAUGUUAACUCUACAAACUCUAAAGUCUACAGUGGAAACUAGGAAUGUAAUGAUUCACCUGACGCACGAUUCAGUAUGAUUUACGAUACCUAUCUGGAUUCAUGAUUUAGUCAUGAUUAAAAAUAGAGAGUAAAAAUAGAUUAAUACCUGGUUCUAUAACAGAACAACUUUCUCUUUCAGUCAGAAAACAUCUUCAUAUUUUUCACUCAUGCAUCGUGUAAUCUCUGUAUUUUAGUUUUUUUUCUGCGUAUAGAUGUUUGUGACAGAAGUUUUUCACUGUGCUGCCGGUUUAUGUGCAUCAUAUUUGCUUUUCUGUUAGUGUAUGUAAAUGUCUGGCGCACUUUACAGCUGUCAUUUUAUUCUGCUGUCCUACUUCUUGUUUGCCACUGAUGUGCAGAUAAAGCGAGAUUGCGCCUGUAAACACAGCGCCCACUUUGGUUAAAACAUGUAUCGCGAUUCAUUCAACAUUUCAACCGGAUUGAAUUGUCACAUAUUUAAAUGGAUUUUCAACGGACUCGCUGUGAAUCAUUACAUCCCUAGUGGAAACACAUUUACUGAAUAAAUGUCAGCAUGCACACCAAAAACAGAUCAUGUGAUAAAAAUGGGUGCGAUGUUACACCAUUAUUGGACAAACCGGCGGAAAGACCAAGAAUAAAUUAUCUGAAAUGUUGUUUUGGUCAUUCUAAAAUAUUUUGUUGGUCAAAGUCUGUCAUCAAAAUGGUACAGUAUAAUUACAUUUUAGUAAUUACUUUCUUCUAAUGCCACCGUGCAUUCAUUGGUUUUUGUCUUUGUCUUCUGAGGCACAAGUCUUUUAUUAUAUAAGAAAAAAGCCCACAGAGGCUCCUCCUGCCACAGCAAAUUCUAUUUUAUUUUUUAUAUUUGCUUACCAGAAAGUUAUGAUUUUGUUUGCUUUGACUUGAAGGGAAACAUGCUUUAUUCACGAAUGUUUUAUGAUAUGCCAGUUUUCCACAUUAAUCCAAUUAGAUUAGGAUGAAAACUGAUAGUUUUUGGAUGUUUUUUUAAAGGUAAACAGUUUUUUAAGAGUGUGUUUUAAUUUUGUGUGUUUUGUAUGUUCUUCUCUGCUGAUGAAUGUUGGCCUUAACUCUUGCUUCCUCACGUGGUUCGAGCGCAUCAGUAUAAUGGUGAUCCUGCUGAACUGCGUCACUCUGGGGAUGUACCAGCCUUGCGAGAACAUCGACUGCACUUCAGAGCGCUGUCAGGUCCUACAGGCUUUUGAUGCAUUUAUCUACAUUUUCUUUGCACUUGAGAUGGUGGUGAAGAUGGUGGCUCUGGGGAUCUUUGGCCGUCGCUGCUAUCUUGGCGAUACUUGGAACAGGCUGGACUUUUUCAUCGUGAUGGCAGGGAUGGUGGAAUACUCCCUUGAUCUCCAGAACAUCAACUUCUCCGCCAUCAGAACAGUGCGUGUGCUAAGACCUCUCAAAGCCAUCAACAGAGUACCCAGUAUGCGCAUCCUGGUGAACCUGCUGCUGGACACUCUGCCCAUGCUGGGAAAUGUGCUCCUGCUUUGUUUCUUUGUGUUCUUCAUUUUUGGCAUCAUUGGUGUACAACUGUGGGCUGGACUCCUAAGAAAUCGGUGUUACCCAGAGGAGAACUUCACCCUCACAUCUGGCCUCACCCUUCCCACACCAUAUUAUCAGCCUGAGGAGGAUGACGAGCGGCCCUUCAUCUGCUCGUUGGCUCAAGAUAACGGCAUCAUGUCCUGCAGCGAUGUGCCUGCUCGGAGAGAGGGCGGACGGGAGUGCUGUCUGGAUAAAGAGGACGCUCUUCACCGGCAGGCUCUGGGUCUGAGCGCCGAGCCGCUGGUCAACGGCAGCGCAUCUGCCAUGGGCCUCUGUGUGAACUGGAAUCAGUACUACACCCGCUGCCACACUGGACACACCAAUCCUCAUAAAGGAGCAAUUAAUUUCGACAACAUAGGAUACGCAUGGAUCGUCAUAUUUCAGGUGAUCACGUUAGAGGGCUGGGUGGAAAUCAUGUACUACGUCAUGGACGCGCAUUCCUUCUACAACUUCAUCUAUUUUAUAUUCCUCAUCAUCAUUGGAUCUUUCUUCAUGAUUAAUCUGUGCCUGGUGGUCAUUGCCACUCAGUUUUCGGAGACCAAACAGCGAGAGCACCAGCUGAUGCAAGAGCAACGUGCUCGCUACCUGUCCUCCAGCACGCUGGCUUCACUCGCUGAGCCCGGAGACUGUUACGAGGAGCUCUUCCAACUGGUCUGCCAUAUCCUACGCAAAGCCCGCCGCCGCUCUGCUGCCCUUUAUUACAUGCUCCGUGGCAAAGCCCCUCCCCCUGGAGGUGGGAGGGGGCGUGGCAAAGGAGGAGCAGGAUCGAUAGGAGGAGGAGCCAAUGUUAAUGGAGGAGAGAAACAUCACUGCCAUUCAGCUCAGACAUCUCACUGUAUUCACGAAACCAAAUUGGACCACAGCUCAGAGAAUGCAGUCUCCCUCUCCAUCAGUCCAAACCCAGAGGAGUGUCCACAGUGUGCUGCAGCCCUGUCUCUCAAAGAGGGGGAGGAGUCAACAGGGCAUUCAGCCAAUGGGGAGGAAGAGGAGGGUGCGCUGGAGGAAACUGACAGGGACGAGAACCGCUUAGACAAAAAGAGGAGCAGCGACUCUGAUGACACGCUAAAGAAGAAACGCACCUGUUUGGGGAAAUGUAAAGACGUCUGGGACGAAAUAAGAGUGAAACUUUGGGGCAUCGUUGAAAGCAAGUACUUCAACAGAGGGAUUAUGAUUGCCAUCCUCAUCAAUACAAUCAGCAUGGGCAUCGAGCACCAUAACCAGCCUGAUGAACUGACUAAUGUCCUGGAGAUCUGUAACAUAGUGUUCACCAGUAUGUUCACUCUGGAGAUGAUCCUCAAGCUCACUGCCUUUGGCUUCUUUGAAUAUCUGAGAAACCCUUACAACAUCUUUGACGGCAUCAUUGUGAUCAUCAGUGUAUGUGAGAUCAUUGGUCAGUCUGACGGAGGUCUGUCAGUCCUGAGGACGUUCAGAUUGCUGAGGGUGAUAAAGCUGGUGCGGUUCAUGCCAGCUCUGCGCAGGCAGCUGGUGGUCCUGAUGAAGACCAUGGACAAUGUGGCCACGUUCUGCAUGCUGCUAAUGCUCUUCAUCUUUAUAUUCAGUAUUCUGGGAAUGCACAUAUUUGGCUGCAAGUUCAGCCUGAAGACAGAGGCUGGGGACACCGUACCUGACAGGAAGAACUUUGACUCUCUGCUUUGGGCCAUUGUUACAGUGUUUCAGAUCUUAACUCAAGAGGACUGGAACAUGGUUUUGUAUAACGGCAUGGCCUCCACCUCGCCUCUGGCAGCCCUGUAUUUCGUCGCGCUCAUGACUUUUGGAAACUACGUUCUAUUCAAUCUGCUUGUGGCCAUCUUGGUUGAAGGAUUUCAGGCUGAGGGCGAUGCUAACCGUUCCUACUCGGAUGAUGACAGAUCAUCUUGUAAUUUAGAAGAAACCGAGAAAAAGGACUCUCUCCAGCUGUCAGAUCCCAAGAUUUCCACGUUGACCCCUAACGGGCAUCUGGAUUUAGCACCUGCACCCAAUGCUAGGGGCUUUUACCCAUCUGAAAGGCUGAGCUUUGCCCUGGGUUCGCGCAAGAGCAGCGUUAGCUCUCUGGGCAGGGCUAGCCUGGAGCAAACCACGCUGUGUCCAGGACGAGCAUCUCUUUACCACAAUUGGGGACGCCCCGCACGGCCAGGAAUAUGGAGCCGCAGGUCGAGUUGGAACAGCUUGGGACGGUCCUCCAGAUGUCUGGGGAUGGGGGGUGGAGGCAGUUUACGAGUCCGUAGCCCUCACUGUCAUCCCGCCGAGCAGGAAUCCCUGCUGUCUCCUCCACCUCCGCCUCUCCAUCCGCCUCUGCUCCCCAGACACUUUCCCCCACGCAGGGAACGCAGGGCUCUGUCUCUGGAGCUCCCAGAGCUUCUACAGGUGCCAGGACCACCCCUGCCUCCUCUGCACCCCCGCCAGCGCAAGAAGAGCUUCUCUGGGGGUCUGGGAAGCGUUGGAGAGCAUCAGGACUGUAAUGGGAAAACGCCAUCAGUUCAACCACAAAUCAUUAAUGAAGUCUACCCUCAGGUCAACACACGCAAGGACAGGGAGGAUCUAGAGGAUGAGCUAGACUAUAGUCUGUGUUUCCGGAUCCAGAAGAUGAUGGAGGUGUACAGACCGGACUGGUGUGAGACCAGGGAAGACUGGUCUGUCUUCCUCUUCUCUCCUCAAAACAAGUUCAGGUUGUUGUGUCAGUCCAUCAUAGCCCACAAGCUCUUUGACUAUGUGGUGCUGGCCUUCAUCUUCUCAAACUGCAUCACUGUGGCUCUGGAGAGACCCAAGAUCCUUCAGGGUAGCCUGGAGAGGCUUUUCCUUACCGUGUCCAAUUACAUUUUCACAGCCAUAUUUGUGGGGGAGAUGACGCUCAAGGUGGUGUCUAUGGGUUUGUAUAUUGGAGAGCAGGCAUACUUGCGCAGCAGCUGGAAUAUUUUGGAUGGUUUCCUGGUGUUUGUGUCUUUGAUUGAUAUUGUGGUGUCGAUGGCAGGCGGGGCUAAGAUCCUGGGGGUGCUCAGGGUCCUCAGGCUUCUUCGCACACUGCGCCCUCUCAGGGUUAUCAGUCGAGCUCCUGGUCUCAAACUAGUUGUGGAGACUUUGAUCACCUCUCUUAAGCCUAUUGGAAACAUAGUUCUCAUCUGCUGUGCCUUUUUCAUUAUUUUUGGGAUCCUGGGAGUUCAGCUUUUCAAAGGCAAGUUCUACUACUGCUUGGGCCUGGAUGUCAAAAACAUCACCAACAAGUCUGACUGCCUCUUGGCCAAUUAUAAGUGGGUCCAUCACAAGUACAACUUUGACAACUUGGGGCAGGCUCUGAUGUCCUUGUUUGUACUGGCUUCGAAGGACGGCUGGGUCAACAUCAUGUAUCAUGGUUUGGAUGCUGUGGCAGUGGACCAACAGCCCAUAACCAACAACAACCCCUGGAUGCUGCUGUACUUCAUCUCAUUCCUCUUGAUCGUCAGUUUCUUCGUGCUGAAUAUGUUUGUUGGAGUGGUGGUGGAGAACUUCCAUAAAUGCCGACAGCAUCAGGAGGUGGAGGAGGCCAAGAGGAGGGAGGAGAAGAGACAGAGACGCAUGGAGAAAAAGAGACGGAAGGCCCAGAAGUUGCCCUACUAUGCCAGUUAUAGUCAUGUACGGCUGAUGAUCCACACCCUGUGCACCAGUCACUACCUGGAUAUCUUCAUCACCUUCAUCAUCUGUGUGAAUGUAGUCACCAUGUCACUGGAGCACUACAGCCAGCCUCAUUCUCUGGAGAUCGCACUGAAGUACUGUAAUUAUUUCUUCACCAGCACCUUUGUGCUGGAGGCUGUCCUGAAGCUCAUCGCAUUUGGCUUCCGACGUUUCUUCAAAGACAGGUGGAACCAGCUGGAUUUGGCAAUUGUACUGCUGUCUGUCAUGGGCAUCACGCUGGAGGAGAUUGAAAUCAGUGCAGCUCUGCCCAUCAACCCCACCAUAAUACGUAUCAUGAGGGUCCUACGCAUCGCACGUGUGUUAAAGCUGUUAAAGAUGGCCACAGGAAUGAGAGCGCUGCUGGAUACAGUAGUUCAAGCCCUGCCACAGGUGGGGAACCUUGGCCUCCUCUUCAUGCUGCUGUUCUUCAUCUAUGCUGCACUGGGGGUGGAAUUGUUCGGAGAGCUGGUGUGCAAUGAAGAUUACCCAUGUGAAGGCAUGAGUCGUCAUGCCACCUUUGAGAACUUCGGCAUGGCGUUCCUCACCCUUUUCCAGGUCUCCACUGGCGAUAACUGGAAUGGCAUAAUGAAGGACACUCUCCGUGAAUGUCCGCCAGGCGAAUACACCUGUAAUCCCAGCCUACAAUUCAUCUCCCCGCUGUACUUUGUGAGCUUUGUGCUCACGGCCCAGUUUGUCCUCAUCAAUGUGGUGGUGGCGGUGCUGAUGAAACACCUGGACGACUCAAACAAGGAGGCCCAGGAGGAGGCAGAGAUGGAUGCCGAGAUUGAAAUGGAGCUGGCCCAGGGAACGCUCUGCUGCAUCGGCGGAGGGGUAGCCGUAGCCGACAGGACCGGCAUGGGGCAUCAGGGGGCUGCAUCCUGCUCCGUUGUUCCCCCUCACUCUCCAAUCACACACCCAGUGGCCCACGAACCCAACAGCAUCAGGAGACUCUACUCACCGGCGCAGGAGAACUUGUGGCUGGACAGUGUAUCUCUGCUCAUCAAAGAUUCAUUUGAAGGAGAGAUGCUGAUGAUUGACAACCUCUCUGGCUCCGUCUUCCAUCAUUACUCCUCUCCUCCUGUCUGCAAGGACUGCAGGACUCAUCCGCAAGAGCAGAUCCACAUGGCUGAACUGGAGCAGGCGUCUCUGAGGUCGGAGCAGCUCUCAGAUAAGUCAUCCUCGCCAGCGCUGCCCGAUGACCUCAGCCUGGACGAGCAGAGCGUCUACCAGAUGGCUGCCAAAGAGGGCAAGGAGAGAGUCUGUGAUGAGUGCCAUCAUUCAGAAGAGCCAGGAGGGAGAGGAAACAGCAGGUUACGACGAUCCUCUCGCGUCCACAGCUCUGGGACAGAAGAUGGAGGAACUUGUCAAAGUCCACAUCACAACACACCUGCUCGACACAGCAUAGGUGGCGUUCCCUGUAGCAGCAGUAGUCAAGAGCACCCAGGGGUUUCUGGAGGUUCGAGCCGCUCUAACACCCCCGUUUGUCUCCCUGCUGAAUUCUUCCACCCAGCUGCUGCGGCUCUGCCUGCACCUCCGAGAGGCCGAACAGGACACAAACCAAGAGGCCUUCGGCUAACUUCACCAGCCUCUUGGGCUUCUCUGCGCUCUCCUGGAGCAAACACCAGGCUGCUCACCACACAGUACCCAUCUCACAGUGACUCCUCUCUGGCUACGGGCAGCUCAGAGGGCAGCCUACCGACCACCAUGGAAGAAGGGCUCAGUUUCAUCGUAUCAACGCCCCAGCCCCUUCUGGACACACUCCUCGACGAGCGUACUAGCCUCUCCACAGAGACCCUGAGACCCAGUCCUCCAGCCACACACAUCCUCCAAACCACUAGGGGGCACCAGCGCAGCAGGAGCAGCUGUGAAACGGACAUCAAUACGGGCAGCAUUCGACAAGGUUCCGAGGCGGAUGUAGGAUUGGUAUGGUGCAGCUCCGAGCAGACAUGCGACAGCCAGCAGCUCUCAGAGACGCAGAGCAGCCUGUCGCUCACUUCGCUACUUCUACCAAGCUCUCUAGUGCCCCUGUCUGUGAAAAAGUGCAACAGCACGGGCAGCUUAGACCAGGGGACUCUCACAGCCCAAGAAAAAGUGUUCACGAAAGAGCCACAGGGUAAUAUCACCAGCCCCUGGAAAGAGAGGAAGGAGAGGCAGUCGGAGGCAGCACAAGGAACAGAUGGGGAAAGUACAAGCCAAAUAACAAUUGCGGGCUCUAGGAAAAAUAGAUGAAACUCUACCUAGUGUUAGUUCUUUCUAAUGCCCACUACUCAAAUCUGUUUUUAAUUUUUCAGGGAGCAGUUUGACAUGUGGUAUUCCAUCUCAAAGUCUGUUUCUCUCUAUCUCCGUUUUCAUUUGUGACCCGUUAGCAUUUUGUAUUUGCUGGUGGAAAACGUCCAACAGGACUGUAGAGAAACUGGAUGGCGAGGCUUGACGGAAGCUGUUUGGCCCAUCAGUGCAUGACUAGACAGGACGGGACUGAUCAAACAGCUGCCUGGAGGAUCAGGUCAGGAGAACACGUAAAGUAAAGGGAAAGCUUUCCUGACAGUUAUUUUGGAGGGAAUAUACAUACAAAAGUAUAUCUAGAUGGAUUGAAGGCAUAAGGUAACAUCGAUUUCUACUUUAAUAGAGAGGGCAUGCUGUGUUUCAUGAUUUAAUAAUUUACAUCGCAAAAAGGAUUUGGGAUUGGUAACUCUUUGUGCAUACACACUAUUUGUAUAGGUUAUGUUUAUUUCUUACUUAGUUUGUGUCUGUGUGUUUCUAGGUAGUUGAGGAGAGAAUUUUUUUUUUUCAAUCUUCAGCCUGAAACAAAGCUUUCGUUUUAGAGAGGGACCAAAAUGAAUAAAAGCAAGUCUGUCUGUCCAUC